AUGCCGAGAAAACUAUUUUACGAUGUUGUUCAAUAUAAAUGUGAUCCUGUAGCUUGGUGGAUAGGUGUUCUAGCCCAAUACAUAAUACAACCUAGUAGUGACUUAAAACAAUUGAUAGAUCAAUCUCGAAAAGAAUUCAAAUUUCAAUCACCUAUUGUUGGUCUACAUAUUAGGCGUUCUGAUAAAAAAACGGAGAACGAAAUAUUCGAUAUUGAUCGAUAUAUGAUUAAAGUGAAUGCAUAUUUUAAUGGUUUAUCUAAGCGCAAAAUCAUUAUUAAAAGACGAAUAUUUGUAGUUACUGAUGAACCAUGGCUUAUU